AUGCAAGCUGAAGACGGAAGGCUUCCUGAGGACCUUUCCUUAGAGGAGAGAGAUGAACUGUCGAACAUACGACGCAGGAAAAAAGAGUUGCUGGAUGACAUUGAGAGGUUGAAAUUUGAGAUUGCGGAAGUGAUGACAGAGAUUGAACAGCUGACCUGCGUCGGGGAGAGCAAAACGACACAGAGAAAUAAGCAGAUUGCAAUGGGUAGAAAGAAAUUCAACAUGGAUCCCAAAAAGGGAAUCCAGUUUCUUCUGGAGAAUGACCUCUUGCAGAACACUCCUGAAGAUAUAGCACAGUUUCUCUACAAAGGAGAGGGCUUGAACAAAACAGUCAUUGGAGAUUAUUUAGGAGAACGGGAUGAUUUCAACAUCAAAGUUCUCCAAGCUUUUGUGGAACUUCACGAAUUUGCAGAUCUCAAUCUCGUCCAAGCGCUGAGACAGUUUCUGUGGAGCUUCAGACUCCCUGGUGAGGCCCAGAAGAUCGAUCGUAUGAUGGAAGCGUUUGCUUCACGAUACUGCCAGUGCAACCCAGGAGUCUUCCAGUCUACAGACACAUGCUACGUCCUGUCCUUCGCCAUCAUCAUGCUCAACACCAGCCUGCACAACCCAAACGUCCGGGACAAGCCCGCCGUCGAGCGCUUCAUCUCCAUGAACAGAGGAAUAAACGACGGAGGAGACCUGCCUGAGGAACUGCUCAGGAAUUUGUACGAGAGCAUUAAGAGCGAACCCUUUAAAAUCCCGGAGGACGACGGUAACGACCUCACCCACACCUUCUUCAAUCCGGACAGGGAGGGCUGGCUGCUGAAGCUAGGAGGAGGAAGAGUGAAAACCUGGAAGAGAAGAUGGUUUAUUUUGACUGACAACUGCUUGUAUUAUUUUGAAUACACAACAGACAAGGAGCCACGUGGGAUCAUUCCUUUGGAGAACCUCAGUAUCAGAGAAGUGGAGGAGCCAAGGAAACCUAACUGUUUUGAGCUCUACAACCCGAACCACAAAGGCCAGGUUAUCAAGGCGUGUAAAACGGAGGCCGACGGUCGGGUGGUGGAGGGGAACCACGUAGUCUACAGGAUAUCGGCUCCAACACCAGAGGAGAAAGAAGAAUGGAUCAAAUCAAUCAAAGCCAGCAUCAGCCGGGAUCCCUUCUACGACAUGCUGGCCACCAGAAAGAGACGCAUCGCCAACAAGAAGUGAGAGAUCCUUACCCCUCCUGCAUUGACCUUCCUGACUCCGCCUG